AAAUUUUUUAAUAAACAAACAAAAAUAAUUGAGCUACGUCUUUCUUUCCUCCUCCCCAUAUUUAUUAGUCAGUACUCCUAUUAUUUAAUUCCAACUUGCUCUGCUCAAAAUUCUGCAAUCAAUCAAACGCAACCUACCAUCCACCUAUUGCCAGAAGAAGAAAAAAACUCCCAAGCUCAUCAGAAAUUUCAAGGGUUUUUUGUUUGUUUCAAGAAUCAGAAGAUGGCGUGUGAUCUGAAUCUCAAGGCAACCGAGCUGCGGCUCGGGCUGCCCGGCACAGAAGAAGAGUGUGUGACAGAAAUGGGGUCAAGCCUCAAGAACAAGAACAAAAGAUCCCUUCUUGUUGAAUCUGGAGAUGAAGAAGACUGCGAAUCCAAGGCCAACAAUGAAGGUGCCAAGAACUCCCCUGCUUCAAAGGCACACAUAGUGGGAUGGCCACCAGUGAGAUCCUACAGGAAGAACAAUCUGCAAGUGAAAAAGGCAGAUUCAUCAGAGAGUGGAAUGUUUGUGAAGGUUAGCAUGGAUGGAGCACCUUACCUUAGAAAGAUUGAUCUCCAUGUGUACAGUGGGUACUCAGAUCUUCUGAAAGCAUUGGAGACCAUGUUUAAGCUCUCAAUAGGUCACUACUCUGAGAGGGAAGGCUACAAAGGCUCUGAAUAUGCCCCUGCUUAUGAGGAUAAAGAUGGUGACUUGAUGCUUGUUGGUGAUGUUCCUUGGGAAAUGUUCCUGUCAUCAUGCAAGAGGUUGAGAAUAAUGAAAGGAUCAGAGACAAGAGGUUUGGGUGUUGGAAACUGAAGAUCCAGAAGCCAAAAAUUGAUAGGAAAUGAGUGGAAUUUGAAGAUCUCUUCUGUCUCAGGCAGGGAAUUUAUCCAGAUAAAGGUUCCUUCUUUGCAAGAUCGGGUUCUCGGAUUUUCAAGAAUCUCAGCUUAGUUGCUGUGAAAUGUUUUCUUUUUGCUUUUUGUAUCGUGAAAAAACAGUUUCAUGGAUUGGUCUUCUUCCACUCAAGAAUGGAACCAGAAGAAACCAGUUAUUAUGACAUUAUUAUUGUUGUUGUUGUAUUUGGGUAAUUUCAAUUUUUUGGUCGUGUAAAUGUAUGUUAUCAUCAGGAUAAAAACCUGCUUGGCUUUCAAAAGAUGCUGUGAUGUUUUGUUUCUGUUUUUGGGAUAACACCAUUGAACAAACGAAAUAAUCAGACAAGGUUGGUGGUAA